AUGUCGCAGGAACAAAAUGUUCCAUCCCAAAAAAACGAUGAGCUUGCUUCUGAGCUCAAAAGGCUCCACAUUACGCGUGGAAAUUGUAAAUCUCAAAUAACAAAAUUCAAAACUUAUCUUGAUAAAGAAAAUUCAAAAAAUAAUCCUGAUUUUGCUCAGCUUAAAGUUAGACUAUCAAAAAUUGAACCUCUUUUUCAAGCUUUCGAUGACAUUCAGAUUCAAAUAGAAUGUUUAGAGACUAGCAAUGAUGUAGCAAAUCAAAACGAGCGUCUAGAAUUUGAAGAUAGCUAUUUUAGUGUCGUUUCUGAGGGUCAAGCAAUCUUAAAUAAGUCUACUGAUCAGCAGGUAGCAAAUGCAUCAAUCUCUAGCAAUCCUAAUAGUUCUAAUGCACCAACACACCACGUUAAGCUGCCUUCCAUAAGUUUACCGUAUUUCGAUGGGAGUUUCGAUCAAUUCUUGUUCUAUAAAGAUACCUUUCAAGCAUUAAUUCAUAAUGACAAAUCCAUACCUGAUAUCAAUAAAUUCCAUUACUUGCGCUUAUCGUUAAAAGGUCAAGCAGCGGAUUUAUUGAAAUCGCUUGAAAUAUCAGCAAAUAAUUACAGUGUCGCAUGGAAUCUACUAGUUCAACGCUAUGAAAACAAACCUCUAUUAAAAAAGAACCAUAUAAAAGCCUUAUUCGAGACAAAACCUGCUACAAAAGAAUGCCAUGUAGAAUUAAGAAACAUUCUAGAUGAGAUGAAUCGGCAUUUAAGAGCCUUAAAAGUCCUAGAAGAACCUGUAGAUUCCUGGGACGCAUUGAUAAUUCAUUUAUUCUCCAUAAAGCUGGACUCAACAACUCGUCGUGAAUGGGAGAGUGAAUACGCCAAACAUGACAAGGUAACUAGAGAAAUAUUUUGCAAUUUUCUCUCUGAAAAAUGCAGAAUUUUGGAAACUUUAAAUAUUCAAGGUAAUAAAGUCAAACAAAAUGUAAAAAGCCUUUUUUCAAGUAAUUCUCCAACUUGUUAUUUUUGCAAUAAAGAGCAUACAAUUUAUAACUGUAAAUCAUUUAUCGAGUUAAGUCCAAGGUCUAGACUAGCUGAGGUCAAAAAAUUGAAACUUUGUGUCAAUUGUCUGCGAAAUAAUCAUUCAACUAACCAGUGUCGGUCUAUGCGUUGUCGAAAAUGUGAUAGUAAUCACAACACCCUGUUACACUUUGGUGUCAAUAAUCAAGAUAACAAUCAAAAUUUCAACUCGAAUAAUCCUGAUACAUCUAGAAGAAAUACCUCGCAAAAUAAUCAUAACUCCAAUUUUAAUGCUAACCAUUCCACUGAAACUUCUGAUUCUCCUGAAAUUAGCUCAAAUUGUUUAAUUGCAGGUAAUAAUUCCCCAAGCAUUGUUUUAUUGUCAACUGCCCUGGUAGACAUUUUUGAUAAUCAUGGUGAUGUAUUUUCUUGUCGUAUACUUCUCGAUAGCGGCAGUGAGUCAAGUUUUAUCUCUGAGGAAAUGUGUAACAAGUUAAACGUAAAUACAACUCCAAUACAAUGUUCUAUUACAGGGGUUGGGCAAAAAACCACAAAUAUUCUAAAACAAACUGUUGUGUCGGUUCAAGCACGUCAAGUUCCGUUUAAAACAAGUUUCAAAUGUUUAGUUAUUCCUAAAAUCACAAGCAGAAUACCCUCAAACUUUAUUAAUACGUCAAGCCUAAAAAUUCCUCAUAAUCUGAUACUAGCAGACCCAACAUUCAAUAAACCCGGUCCAAUCGACAUUUUGAUUGGUGCUGAUAACUUCUGGGAUCUGCUCAUGGUAGGUCAGUCUACAGUUACUGAAGGACUAGAUCUUAUCAACAGAUUCUCUAGUCUUAACAAGCUUCAACGAGUCACUGCUUAUUGUUAUCGAUUCUUUGAUAAUUGCCGUGUACCUAAGGCAAAUAGAAAAUCCGGAGCACUUGAUGCUCAAGAACUUAAUCAUGCUCUAAAUACUCUUAUUAGAAUUGUUCAAAGGCAAGAAUUUCCGAACGAAUAUCUUGACUUAUCAAAAUCUAAACCUAUUAACUCUAAAAAAAUUAAAGCUAAUAGUGUUGUUUAA